UCUUCGCGAGAUUGAUAUUGAACUAAUGAAACGGCUUAGUCCACGUGUCAACGUCAUUCCGGUUGUCGGUAAGGCCGAUACAUGUACACCAGCUGAAUUGGCCGAAUUUAAAAGGAUGAUUAUGGAGGAUAUCGAACAUUAUAACAUCCCAAUCUAUAAUUUUCCAUUUGAUGUUGAAGAAGAUGAUGAAGAAACAGUUGAAGAAAAUAGUGAAUUAAGGGCCCUCCUACCCUUUGCCAUUAUUGGCAGCGAAGAAGAAAUCAGUGUAAAUGGAAGAUCAGUUCGUGGAAGACAAUACCCAUGGGGUGUUGUUGAAGUUGAAGACCCACAACAUUCGGAUUUUGCUAGAUUGCGAUCAGCACUUUUAAGUUCUCAUUUACAAGACUUAAAAGAGAUUACACAUGACUUCUUAUACGAGAAUUAUCGUACAGAGAAACUUAGCAGAAGUGUCGACAAUACUACCACCGAGGAUGUUAAUAUCUUGCCUGAUGAUCUUACUACUCAAGGUGUACGAAUAAAGGAAGAACAAUUGAAACGUGAAGAAGAAAAGGUAAAUGACGCAUUCAUUUUAACUGAAAAUACAUUAUCGUCAGUUAGUAAAUUGAAUUUAUGA